CCACCCUAACUUUACACUUCUCAGCCCCUAUCCCCUGCUUCCGCAUCCCUUCACUGCUAGUCCCAUCCCGCUCCUCCUACACCAUUUCCCCUCUCAUCUUACAUUGCCCUUCCCCCUCCUCAUAGUCCCUCCCUUUCUCGGUCCCUUCACUAGCACCCCUCCCCCCCUUUCUAACUCUGUUUUCCCUCCUCUACCCCUUCCCCCUCCAUUCUCUGCCCUCACAACUCACCUCCCCCUCCCCGUUCGCUCCAGCCAUCUCUCCCCAUUCCUCAAUCCGCCGGCUCUCCCAGUGCCCACCUCUCCGUCUUUGUCUUUCCCAAACUCAUUCCCUCCCAUAUCCCUCUGAUUUUCACACCGCCACCCCCCCCCGCCCGCCUCCUCGCCUCCUCCACCGACUCCCCCUCACGGUUUGACAGACGCUGCAUUCAGUGCCUGAGAGUUUGCUGGAAAUUGUAACUGACUAUUGAGUUUCUGAUUGUAUUCUCUGUCUCGGAGUCAGUCUCACAUUCUCCAGCCGCACUGGAAACAUAUUGAUCCUGACGCUGUGCAACUGCCGCAUACUGAAGGUCAUUGAUGCCAGAAUAAGGAUAUCAAACUGCUGAUUAAUUGCGUACUCACUCCCAUAAGCCAGGUAUCAUGACCCGUGAGGAGGAGAUGCCAGACUGGGAAGGAGCCCAGGAAUUUUAUGCCAAAUAUGAUCCAAAGGAUGUCCUUGGCCGGGGUGUCAGCAGUAUUGUCAGGCGCUGUAUCAAGAGGAAGACAGAAAUAGAAUAUGCUGUAAAGAUUAUUGACAUCACAUCUGAGCAUCUGACUCCAGAGGAACUGGAAGAGAUUUGUACAUCCACUGCACAAGAAAUCAGCAUCCUUAAGCAGGUCUCAGGGCACCCACAUAUAAUUUCACUCAACGAUUGCUAUGAAUCAUCAAGCUUCUACUUCCUGGUGUUUGAUCUGAUGAAGAGAGGAGAGCUAUUUGACUACCUGACAGAGAAGGUUACCUUGAGUGAAAAAGAAACCAGAAACAUCAUGCGAGCACUACUUGAGGUGGUUAAGUUCCUCCAUUCCAAGAACAUUGUACACCGAGACCUCAAGCCUGAAAAUGUCCUGCUUGAUGAUAACAUGAACAUCAAGUUGUCUGACUUUGGAUUUUCAUUACAACUUGAACCAGGCAAAAAACUGAGAGAAUUGUGCGGGACUCCAGGAUACCUGGCUCCAGAAAUUUUACUUUGCUCUAUGGAUGAAACUCACCCUGGAUACAGCAUUGAAGUGGAUUUAUGGAGUUGUGGAGUGAUCAUGUACACACUGCUCAGUGGCUCACCACCUUUCUGGCACCGGAAACAGAUGCUGAUGCUCAGGAUGAUCAUGAAUGGAAGUUAUAGUUUUGACUCUCCAGAAUGGCAAGAUCGAUCAGACACCGUGAAAGAUCUGAUUUCCCACCUUCUGGUCGUGACACCUGAGGAUCGAUUCACGGCAGAUCAAGCCCUGGCACACCCUUUCUUCCAACAAUAUGUAGUAGAGGAAGUUCGCCAUUUCAGUCCCUUCAGGAAGUUUAAGACCAUCAUCUGGACUGUAAUGGCCUCUGUUCGUAUUUAUUACAAGUAUCGUCGAGCGAAGCCCCUCACCAAGCAGGUGCUAAUUCGAGAUCCUUACGCUAUUAAGGGAAUUCGUAAAGUGAUUGAUGGCUGUGCUUUCAAGGUUUACGGACACUGGGUGAAGAAAGGUUUGCAACAGAACAGAGCAGCCUUAUUUGAGAAUUCUCCAAAAGCUUUCCUGUUCUCACUGGGCACUGAGUUUGGUUAUGUGUCUGAAGAGUGUAUGGAAUGAGUACAUGUUCUGUUCAUUUAACCGCUGAGCCCAAUUAGCUCUUUAUUUUUUCAAAUGGUGUGAGGCUGAUAAUCUAAGUGUUAAUUUAAGAUUUAUAAAAAUAUAGCACCAGUGUGAGCCGAGUUGUAAAGUGAUUAGAAUUCAAGAAUUCGUGUGUAAGAAACUAACCAUUUAUCCCACUGUGAGGUGUGUAUGAAUCCUCUAGGCUUUCUGAUGGUGCUUUUGUGAUGCCCUGAACCUGGUGACAGUAAUGGGUACUGCAUUCUACCCUCACCAAGAGUGUUCCUUUCUCCCAUUUCACCCUUUUCUGGCUCUAUUUCCUAUCUUAAGGAUCCUUGUUGUCACUCUGGCCACACCUCCCAAUGUAAAUGCCCUUUGGACAGCCAGCUCCUACAGCAAUGAGCAAUUUACUGAACAAUGGACAGGUCCAAGGCACCUCCCCUCAGCCCCACUCUGGGGACGGAGAAUAGCCUUCAAGUGGAGACCACUCAUGGGAAUGCAGCCAAGGCCCAGUGGACAUCAGACACGAAAGUACCUGUGGUGGUCGGGGGAUGGGAGAAUCUGGAAUCUCAGGCUCAGAGACGAGUUGUGUUAGUGGGUUUUUGAGGUUGACAGAGUGGGGAAAAGUGGAAUAUGGAGGUGGGAAGACUUGGGGAGAGGUCAGAUAGGCCAGGGGGUAUCAGUAGAGGGUCAGUUUUCCUUUGUCCACAACCAAAUUGAGCAGGAAAAGCUGGAAGAGUCACACUUGGCCCAGACCUCCACUCACCAUGGGGAGAGGAGCAUUUGAUGGAGGUAGGUACAACUGUAACAUUCAAGAGGGCACUGGACAGUUAUUUGGAAAGCCACCAGGAAAAGGCAGGAGAUUGGCACAAAGUAAUAACACCUCAUUUGAAGAGGUGGUGCAGGCAUGAUGGGCUGAGUGGCCUACUUCUGCACCAUGACAUGAUUCUGUGAGGAGUCACUUAAAUGGCCAUUCACUGACCCAUGGCAGAUGGGCCCUUGAAAACACCAUUUUGCACAGAUUGCGAGCAGCUGGGCGAUAGGGAUAGACAGACAGAUUUUCGAUCAGUAGGGGUAUCAAGUGUUACUCUUGUUCCUAUUUCUUAUGUUGUAAUGGAAAUGAUGCCCAUCACAUUGCUCCCAGUGUUACACAGCUUCCAGCUGCUGUCCCAACGCCAGACAGAGACAGAAUUGGAUGGGAGUAUCGCAGAAACUGACUCCUUGGAGAAGAAAAGCUUCACCUUUGAAUCUGUGACACCGGCUUAAAUUUAUAAACUAAAAUGAAAAGAACCAACAAAGAAGACCCUUGCGCUGCAUGAAAUGGUGACUUAUUUUGUUCAGUCCAACAUAAAAAUCAGUCCUUUAUUGAAAGAUUGUGCUUUCUUUGCAUGUGCUCUGACAGGCUAUUUGUGUGAAGUGAUUGCACUCUGGUUCUUUUCCAGCAGCAUUAAGAGAAAAUAUAUCCAUUUUGAGACUAUGUGGAAUCAUUCUUUUUCCUCAUCGUUUAGUAAAAUGAUACACAUGUAUAUAAACCUGUAUGUAUAUAGACUUUGUAUGUGCGUUUCUGUCGGGGUGACUAUAGAGUCAUAGAGCUCGCUGAAAUAACUCCACAGAGGCUGAUAUCUGGUCACCAGGUCACUCUUUAUUUACAGGUGGGAAUCCAGCUCCCUCAGAGCCAGCUCUCAGAGUGAACAGAACCUCUGACACUCCUGUUUAUCUUUGUCAGCCAGGGCUCCCUGAUUAGACAAGAUUAACAGCUCCAAUCAGGGAACUCAUUUCCUGAGAGGUCCACCUGGCCGACCUCAUUACAAUCACU